CGAAAAACCACCAACCAACCGGAUGGCUUUAGACAUGAAGCCCUGGAUCCUUUGCCUUUUUGGAUGCUGUUGUCUCAAAGUAAAGCAUGUCCAACAGCGUACUGCUAGGAUCUCUGGCUCUAAAUGAGACAUUAGAUCAGAGAGAGCACAUCCGUAAUAACAUAAGGAGGGUAAUGGAACAGCUUGAGGAGGUCCUCACUGAGCUAAAAGAGGUGGCUAAAGAACUUAAAGAGAUAGUGGCUCAUAUUGACAAGCUGACAGCUGACAUUGAUCUGGACUCUGAAGAGGAUAUAGAAGAUGGAAAAACUGCCAUGCCUUGCAGCACUAGUAGAAGCAAAAAAACACUGGGAAAUUGUUUCAUAGUAGACCAUUUUUCUGACUUUUGUAGCCUGGGUUCUUUAUUGCACAACUCUCAUGUGGAGACUUCUCAGAGACAAGCACCAGACUUGUACAGACGGAGUUGUGGAGAUUUACCCGCACUUUACCGGCCAGUUUGGGCUUCUUAUAGCCCUAAAGCUUCCUGGCUCUUUGGCAGUGGGGAGAAAAUCCAUUCUUUUGACAAUGCAUCAUAUCAUGCACUAUGCUGUGAUGAUGAUGACUUUGAUGAAGAAAGUGGUCGCAGAAGAUCCUCUAGAUUCUCGUCCAGUGACUCUGUGUUUUCUUCCUCUCCUGUGCAACCUUUAUUAGCAGAGACCUUGACGCCCACAUCUGCUUGCAAAUACCGACCGAAUCCAGGACUGAAUAAAAAAGCACUACGGAGCUGCAGCACUCAGACAGUUUCUCAUAAGAGCACACAAACUGUGAUGCCCUACAGUCCUGCAAGAAAAAGGGCUGCAAGCGAGCAUAAAAACUAGAAACAUGGACAACAUUCCAUUAACCAAUAACUGCAUAUUUAUACAAAAAUGUAAAGCUAUGUGCAUCUGAAAUAGAGGCAGGUUGACCACAGUACUAGUCUAGUCUCAAGCUUUAGUUAUAGGUGCCACUUGACUGUGCAUACGUUUAUGCUUUGGUGGAAGGAUCAUUAAUACAAUAAUCCAGGCACAACUGGAUACUGGAUUUAAUAUAAUUAUGUAUGCAUGUUAUGCUAAACAUGGCUGUGGAAAUACAAGCCAAUCACUUUUAAUACAAACCUUAUUUGCAGAAAAUA